AUGUCCAGUAUAAAACUAUCAGAAAUAUCUGUUGUCAGAUGUUAUAUGCGCGAUGAAAUGAAAAGAGAUGCAAUGAAGAUAUUACAAAAAGCAAUGAAUCGUUUCACAGAGGAACGUGAGGUUGCAUCAUUCAUUAAAUCUUACUUUGAUUCUCAUUAUCAUACACAUUGGCAUUGUAUUGUUGGAAAACAUUUUGAUUGUUCCGUGGCAUUUGAAGCAUCGCAUUGUAUUCUGUUGCGUGUUGAAGAUUUUUUGGUUUUAUUAUUUAAAUAUGGUUAA